AUGGGUGUCUCUAAUCUUAUGGGCCGGCUCAAGCCCCAGGCCGUUGAGCACGAACAUUCGGAGACUCCCACUCCUGCCAGAACCGAUUCCACCAUCGAGAAGGACAACAUCACCAUCGAUGACUCUCCUGUCAAGUACCUGACAUGGCGCUCGUUCAUGCUGGGUAUUGUCGUCUCUAUGGGUGGUUUCAUCUUCGGUUACUCUACUGGUCAAAUCUCUGGUUUCACUACCAUGGCCGAUUUCAAGAUGCGUUUUGCUGAGCAGCAGGCCAACGGCGAGUAUGUCUUUGACAACGUCCGUAACGGUCUGAUUGUCGGUCUGCUGUGUAUUGGUACCAUGAUUGGUGCUCUAGUUGCUGCCCCUAUCGCCGAUCGUUUCGGUCGCAAGUACUCCAUGACUCUCUGGUCCAUCAUCCACAUGGUCGGCAUCAUCGUCCAGAUGGCCACCGACUCCAAGUGGUACCAGGUCGCCGUCGGCCGUCUGGUGGCCGGUCUCGGUGUCGGUGCUCUUUCCAGCGUGGUUCCCAUGUACCAGAGUGAGUCUGCUCCUCGCCAGGUCCGUGGUGCCAUGGUCAGUGCCUUCCAGCUCUUCGUCGCCUUCGGUAUCUUCAUCUCCUACCUGAUCAACUUCGGUACCGAGUCCAUCCAGUCGACUGCCUCUUGGCGUAUCACCAUGGGCAUCGGUUUCGCCUGGCCCCUGAUCCUCGGUGUCGGAAGUAUGUUCCUGCCCGAGUCCCCCCGUUAUGCCUACCGCAACGGCCGUAUCGAUGAGGCUCGUGAGGUCAUGUGCAAGCUCUACGGUGUCGGUCCCAACCACCGCUGCGUCGUCCAGGAGAUGAAGGAUAUGAAGGACAAGCUCGACGAGGAGCGCGCUGCCGGAGUUGCUGCCUGGUACGAGGUCUUCACUGGCCCUCGUAUGCUCUACCGUACCUUGCUCGGAAUCGCCCUGCAGUCUCUCCAGCAGCUUACCGGUGCCAACUUCAUCUUCUACUACGGAAACAGUCUCUUUACCUCCACCGGUCUUGACAACAGCUACGUCACUCAGAUCAUUCUGGGUGCUGUCAACUUCGGUAUGACCCUGCCUGGUCUGUACGUCGUCGAGCACUUCGGUCGUCGUAACAGUCUGAUGGUCGGUGCCGGAUGGAUGUUCAUCUGCUUCAUGAUCUGGGCUUCCGUCGGUCACUUCGCCCUGGACGUUGCCGAGCCCCAGAACACUCCCCAGGCCGGUACUGCCAUGAUUGUCUUCACCUGCUUCUUCAUUGUCGGCUUCUCUACUACCUGGGGACCUAUCGUCUGGUCGGUCUGCUCUGAGAUGUACCCCUCCCGCUACCGUGCCACCAGCAUUGGAAUUGCCACUGCCGCCAACUGGACCUGGAACUUCCUCAUCUCCUUCUUCACCCCCUUCAUCUCCGGUGCGAUCGACUUCGCCUACGGUUACGUGUUCGCCGGAUGCUGUCUUGCUGGUGUCUUCAUUGUGUUCUUCUUCGUCAACGAGACCCAAGGCCGCACCCUCGAGGAAGUCGACACCAUGUACGUCCUGCACGUCACUCCCUGGAAGAGCGCCAACUGGACUCCUCCCGAGGGUGUUGUCGAGGACAUGCACGGCCCCCCUGGAACUCCCAAGCAGGAGCACGGCGGCCAGACCGAGCACAGCGAGCCCACUGAGAUCCGGGAGUAA